AUGCAAUUCAGUUUGGAUCUCUUAGAGCGGUGUGAACCUUGUGCACGUUCCUCCGAUAGCAUUUUAUCCCCGCGUGCUCUUCUGGGGCGCGCGUUCUCCGGCGACCUGGCUACCCCAGCGGUGGCCGUCAGGGCAGUGGCCUGGCUGCUUCUCUGGGAGGCGGCUGGGUUCACCUGCUCGCCAGCCACAACAUUCAACAACACCCGCGUCGUCGCCGGUAUAAGGGCCACUUGUUCUGAAAUUAUUUUGAGACAAGAAGUUUUGAAAGAUGGUUUCCACAGAGACCUGUUAACAAAAGUGAAAUUUGGAGAAAGCAUUGAGGACUUACAGACCUGUCGACUCUUAAUUAAACAGUACAUCCCAACAGGACUUUUUGUGGAUCCAUAUGAGUUGGCUUCAUUACGAGAGAGAAACAUAACAGAGGCAGUGAUGGUUUCAGAAAAUUUUAAUAUAGAGGCUCCCAACUAUUUGUCCAAGGAAUCUGAAGUUCUCAUUUAUGCUAGACAAGAUUCACAGUGCAUUGAUUGUUUCCAGGCUUUUUUGCCUGUGCACUAUCGCUAUCAUCGGCCACAUAGUAAAGAUGGAGAAACGUUUAUUGUGGUCCAUAACCCUGACUUAUUGAUGUAUUGUGACCAAGAGUUUCCAGUCUUGAAGUGCUGGGCUCAGUCAAAGGUGACAGCUCCUUGUGCUUUGAACAGUAAGGAUAUCUGCCAAUGGAACAAUAUGAAAUAUAAAUCAGUAUACAAGAAUUUGACUCUACAAGUUCCAGUGGGACUGACCAUACAUACCUUUUUAGUAUGUUCUGUGACUCUGCUCAUUACCAUCCUGUGUUCUACUUUGAUCCUUGUGGCUGUUUUCAAAUAUGGCCAUUUUUCCCUAUGA